GGGACAAGACCCAUUAUAUAUUGCUCCGCCAGACUCACGAAAGCGCAGUGUUGUGUGAGUGCUCGUAUCACCAGUUAAGAUGACCCUCGGCAGGAGAUACGUGGUGGUGCUGGCCCUCCUGGUAGGAUUCCUGGCCUCCUGCAGCGACGCCGCUGAUUCGCCAAUCAUCUUCCCUACCCUCAAGGAAGGCAUGUGCCCCAUAAUCCGUGACGAGUGCCCUCCCCCCGGCAGGAUCUCGCCCCCGAAGUGUAUCGACGACGCCAGCUGUUCCGGGGACGACAAGUGCUGCUUCGACAUCUGCCUCAGAAGGAACACGUGCAAGCCGCCCAGGUUCCUCUUCUGAAGGGCUUGAGGAACGCCCCUGUGGGUUUAUUAUGGUGUGGAUAUUCUCUGUCUUCUUUCUAUAAUUCCGUGAUUCGUUCUCUUGCUUGUCCUGUGUUUUCUCUUUCCGCGAUUCGUCUUCUUCCUAGGCCUAUUGCAGUACUUGUAUAGUAGACCUUCUUUUCUCUUGAGUAAAAUGAAGGUCAGGAAGAUUGGCAUAUACCAAUCACUGUGCAAUGGAUUGUAUGUUAAAGGACGGAUGCAAUAAAAUUAUAUAUUUAA